AUCGAAAGCGUAGAUCCCUUCAAAACUAAAAGUAAUACUCUCUUAAAUUUCUGUUUUUGUCGAAGACCUUGGUAAACUACAAACAUGGCAAAACUCGACGACUUCCUGGGCAAGAAGAAGGAGACAGCACCUAUACUAGACAUGUCCAAAACGGUGGUUAAUUCAAAAGAAGAUUUCCGAAGAUUACUAGAAAAGGUGCCCGACUUCAAAAUUAGACCAGAGAAAGUUCCUCCAGAGUCUAUUAAAAUCAAAGAGAAGAAUUUCAAGUUUAAGCCGGGUAGACAUGAAGCCCGUCCCAAGAAGGAGAAGUAUGCUUUCAUGGAUCCGUUGCCUGUGGAGAUGAGUGGUUUGAAGUUAGAGGAUUUGGCUGCUGUUUCGAUUGAUUGGAAGAUGCUGACGGAUCUUCGGCCGAAGAGCAAGGUUGAGGAAAAUUACUUUUCUAGGUUAAUUGAAGUUGGUAAGCUCCAAAACAAAAGCAGAGCUCAAGAACGGAGACAAUUACAGUUAGAUCCACAAAUUCGAAAGAGCAAGAAUAAGUCAGGUGUUGUGGAAAUGAGAGUAGUAUCUUGCACCGAAUGUGGAGAAGAUUUUUGUAACGGUAGAAGUUGUUCCGCCGGUGGCUAUGAUUCCUUUGCCAGAAUGCCAGAGGUUCCCAAAACUUCAGAGAAGACCCUUUCUCCAAGUUCUGGAGCCGUACCCAAGAGGAAAAUCAAACGAAGGUCGCGAUCGAAGAGUAAAUCGAAAAAAGGAGGAAAAUCCAAGUCCCCCAAGAAGGGCGGCUCGAAAUCGAAAAAGAAAUAGUAUGGUUCACGAGGAAAAAUCCGAAAGAAAAUGUUCCGAAGAUUUGAUUUAAGAUAGUUGAAGAAAGCGAAAUAAUUAUAGUAUUUUUAAUAGUCAAAACUUCAGAUAACAGUAUCAAUAAUGUAGAAAAAUGCAAAUCUCGACGAUUUCUAUAUAAUUAUCUGGUACUAUAAUCUCUUCGCCGCUAUCCUUUGGGCAUACCCAAUAAACUGCGUACAUUUUACUACCAUUUUUAUCCCGUAUUUUGAUCUUCACUUCACACGAGGUGUUGGGUCCUAUCUCUUUUUAUCUUAUUUUACGAGUUAGGGCCUAAUAAAAAUAAUACUAAAUAAACAAAAAUGUUGUUGCUUAGUAAAAAAUUCUUCUAAUAAUUUAUUUAAUCUGACUCAUUUAUAUCGGCAAUUCAGACACGUAUUAUACAUUUUAAAGUAGACGACUUUAAAAUGAUAUUGCCAAUAUUGAUGAGUUUCGUUCCUAGGACGACUUUACUAAAAGAUAGUUCAUUCGAUUACAUGAAAUCAAUCCCAACUCACGAAUAUUCGCCACAAAAAAUCAUAGCAUGUGAUCUGUCUUUAAAAAGACAACCAAAUGCAACGGUGGCAAUGAAAUUCUCGCGUUAGAGAUUUUAUUUAUUUAUUUUAUUCCUUUUAUCUUCUUGAUUUUUAUUCUUUGAUUUGUUGAAAUUUCGUGAUAGAAGCAACUAAUCAAAGACCUCUCUAUUGUACCAUACCUAAUGAUCUAAAUUUCGAAGAAUUCAUUUUAGAAAACCGAUACACAAUCACAAAAAGGUCGAAGGCGCCGUUGCUCAGUCUGGAUAGAUUAUGGACAGGGACUUUCUAGAGGUGACCAACAAAAAAAGGAAAUAAGAAAGAAAACAACAACAAAAAACAUAAAUGGGAUAUUCACAAAUCAAAGAGAAAAAAUGAAAAUAUUAUUAAAUUAAAAGCUGGUGAAAUUCCGAAAAUUACAGAUAUUAGUUAUUAACUGAUGUAUUUGUAUUAAUAAUUGUUUACUCUUGAUAUUUUUCACCUUGUGUUCAGGGCCGCCGAGAGGGCGGUACAGCCGGUACAUUUUACCGGGGCCCGGCAAUAAUGUAAGGGGCCCGGCGUCGACCAGACCAAAGACGUCAUUUUUCCCGUUUUUUUUUGCUCUUCACUUUAUGCCCAUAAUGUGUUUAAUUAAUACUCGGCUAUAUGACCUUUAAUCGAUUUUGUUUAAAAUUUUCACAGCAAUAAAUCACAGGAGUCAAAUACUAAAGUGCAGUCAGAUAAAACUAUGGUAUGGAUAUGGAGAUUAAAAAUAUAUCAGGGCUCCUAGAAGAUUUACAAAAAAUCAGAAGAAUCUAAAUUAGUUACCAGCAAUUAUGGAAUAAAUCCAGAAUUUACAUGACUCUGACUCUAUGUUAAGCUUCGUCCAUAAAAUUAUAUAAUUUUCAGUGACAAUAAAGCAUAUUUCUAUUCUAUUCUAUUCUACAUCAAAUAAAGAAAAACGGCUCAAAGAGCUUGUGAGAUUUUUGAUGAUUUUCCUGGGCCUAGUAGUGAUGCGACUGAUAAUUUUGAGCCCGGCGCAAUAUUUCGCUGGGAAAUAUUUAAUAUUGUUAUAUAAUAAGCAAUUUAACCAGAAGAUUUAAUGAGGAAAAUAAAAUUCAUUCGCUAUUUAACAUUUUAUGGAUAUUCCGAGAUGAAGAUGACGACAAUAUUAAGAAAAGAUUGAUAUAUGUAUGUAUUGCGCAAGUUUUAUAAAGAAGACAUCAGUGAAGAAUUGAUAAAUGAAAUUUUUCAUUUGAGAGCGAUAUACAAGGAUAAGUAAUAUUGGUGAUUCUCAACUUUCUCCAAAAUAUUUGCUUAAUAAAAUUAAAAUAUCUCAAAUUUGAAUCGUUAUUGCGUUAAGAAUAUUUUGCACAUUACCGGUGACAGUCACAGAGAAGCAGAAAGAUCAUUUAGUUUUCUUUUCCGCAUAAAAAAUUCUGUGAGGUAAUGAUCUACAAUGAAACAGGAUCGGUUAGCUGCCUAUCAACUUUGUGAAUUGAGAAUGAUUUGGCAAAAACAUGCGAUUUUUCAAAAAUUAGAGACAUUUUAUUUUUGCCAAUCAGAAAACUCAAAAAGCACCUUUAGUAUAAAUAUUUUCACUAUUAUAAACAAUAGAUAUAAUAAAAAUUUAAUCAAAUUUAUAUUUGAAAUGUUUCUUAUUAUUUAUUAUUACUAAUUUGAUUUCUAUAAAAAUUAAACAAUUUUUUUCGCUCUUUACUUUUUGCAAGGGGCCCGCCCUUCACUUUUUACCGGGGCCCGGUCAUCCCUCUCGGUGGCCCUGCUUGUGUUAGGUAAUGAUACGUUUUAUAUUUUCAAAGUUUCUUUUGUAUGCUAUAUGAUAUCAUAAAACGACAUUAAAAAUACUAUAGUUGAUUAAAGACAUAUGAUACAUAUUUGAUACCUUUAAUAAAAAAAUAAACAAGUA